AUGAAAAGGUUAAAGUAAGUAGCUGCAUUUUUAGGUGUACUAACUAUUUUCGAGUUUAUUUGUUUAGUGAGAGCUUAAAUUCCUACAUUAACACAUCCAGUAAACAUUCCUAAUUGUGUUGAAAGCAUACUGGAUAACAAUGGAGUUGAGAGAUGUCAAAUUUGCUAAGCAGGUUUCACUAAAUCUUACGAUAUGAGUUAGUGCAUACUUUCUACCUUAAAAGGCUGUAUUUGGUAAUCUAAAUGGGGAUGCUUAGAGUGCCAAUGUGGAUUCGUUGCCACUUAUGAUCUUACUAAGUGUGUUUAACAAUAAAUAGAAGGUUGUCUUAGGUUAGAUAAAACUGGAAAAGGGUGUAUUUAACCGAAAAUAGGAUAUACAGUGACCUAUUCUUAAAAUAAUGGUGUCUUUUCCUAUUAAUCUAUUUAGCCAGAUUAAGGCUAGUAUUGCGGAUGGUAAUUAUCUGGAACAACUGGAUGCACAAUGUGCUAGGUAGGGUUUUAUUUAGAAACUGGAGGUAAUAGUUGCAAAAAACUUUCAAGAAGGCUACAAAAUGAGCAUUCUUUCUGGCUUGCAUCUAACGAUAUGACUACUCCUACAACAGCUAUAUAAGUGAUACCAGGAUGGCAAUCAAUUAUGUUAGGUCUCACUAAUGCAGGUGCCUUUGAAGCUGCUAUCAAUGGAUGUGUUUAAUAUGAUGACUUUACCAACAGAUAUAACAAUGUUGCUCUCUGUGUUUAGUGCAGUAAAGGAUAAGUUAAGACUUAAAACUAGUUACAGUGUGUUAGUGGUGAUAGUUUAUGUGAUUAUGCAGAUAACACUACAUUUAAAUGUAUUAAAUGCAAAGAUCCUCUUAAUUAUUAUGCUGAUCAAAUUACAAAUAAAUGCCUCAUGAGGAAUCAAAUGUUUGAUAAUUGUGCAAUACGUUAACCUGCUGCAGAUAAAUGUGACACUUGUAACUCAAAUGGUUACAUUUUAGAUGCAAGCAAUAAAUGUAUUUAUAUAGAUAAUUGUUAAACAAGUAAUGGAAAAACAUAAUGCACGAACUGUAAUCAACAAUUUUAUCUUGAUUCUGGAAAUACAGUUUGCUCACCUCUUCCUCCUAACUGCUCAGUUGGUACUACUGCUGCAUGCACAACAUGCAGUAGUGGUUACUAUAAGGGUAGUGAUGGUAACUGCUAUUAAAUGACUCCUUAUUGCACAGCAGUUGAUCCAGCUACAUAUGUUUGCAAUAAUUGCUAAAGUUAAUAUCAUUUAUUUAAUAAUUCUUGCUAUUAAAAUAUACCUAACUGUGUAACCUAUUUCACAACUGGAAUUAAUGGAUGUUAAAUUUGCUAAAGUAUGUAUACUCCAUCCCCUGAUUUUUCAGUAUGUCUCCUCCACAAUCUCCAGUUCUAAGAGUACUGUUAGAGUACAGAUGGAAAAGGAAACUGUUUGUAAUGUUAAUCUCUAAAGUAUAUUCCUUAAUGCUUGGACAUUACAAAUGCAAAUCUUUGCUUAGUAAGUGAUGGUAAAGCAAAUAAAUGCAUAUAGUGUUUACCAAACGCAUUCCUAAAUAGUAGUAAUAUAUGCUAUCCUGCAUAUUCUUAAUGUCUUCGUACAGAUGGGUAAAGUAAAUGUAUGUAGUGUUAAAUGGGAUACUACAUUGACCCUACUACAUUUUAAUGCGUAGCUAUUGCCUCUUGCUCAAUUUCAGAUGGCUUAGCAAACAUUUGCUUAGCAUGUUAAUAAGGCUAUAUAUUAGUAAAUAAUUAAUGUUAGUUAUAUAUAGCAGGCUGUCUUAUAUAAACAUCAAACGGGGGUACAACGACUUGUCUUUAGUGCUAAUCAGGAUAUGCUAAAAGCGGAAAUACAUGUACUUAAAUCCAAAAUUGCUUGAUUUCUGAUGGUAUUUCAAAUAAGUGUUAUUAAUGUGUACCAAAUAUGUAAUUAGAUACCACCUCAACCAGCACUACUUCUUAGUGUAUUGUUUUUAAUCCUAAUCCUAUUUACUAGCCUCCUUAAUUUUGUAGUGUCUUUUACAUGUUUAUUCCUGGUACUACUUAAUUAAAAGAUGCAGUUUGCACAAAUUUAUAUCUAAAACCAAAAUAUGGUUAUUGUUUAUAAUGUUAAAGUCCACUUGUCCUUUAGUUAAGUAUUGAUGGUACCACUUGUGCUAAUUCUUCAGCUGUAACAUAAUCCUGCGUUAAUAUUAAUACUAUAAGUAUAUUAAUAGAUAAUUGUAGAGUCUAUGAUUUUACUCCAGGAAAAUGCAGAAUAUGUGAAAAUAAUUAUGCACCUGAUGUUAACGGAAAUUGCGUAAUCCAACCUGCUAUAAGCAACUGUUAAAAUACAAUAGAUCCUUUAAAUUUUAAGAAUGCUGUUAACUGUCAAAUAUGUUUACCAGGAGUUUACUUAAAUAGUAAUACUUGUCUAAUAGCUGUCUAAAAUUGCUAAACAUACAAUGCUUCUGGGUGCAAUGCUUGUUAAGCUAAUUUUGUUUUAAGUUCAAAUUUAUGUGUUCCUUUUGCUGGGUAAUUAUGUACAGGUUAUACAGAUAGUUCAAAUACUGUAUGCACAACUUGUAAAUCUGGAUAUGAAUAUAAGUUGCCUUCUAAUCCUAAUUUGUGUCUUUAUAACCCAUAUCUUGGCCCAUCUGCACCCUGCUCAAAUAUUGUAGUUAGAGAUCCAAUUAAUAAUCCAUACUGCUUAAACCUCUCUACCUUGCCAGACCCUAACUGUUAAGAAUAUAAUUCAAGUGGUGUCUGCUCAAAAUGCAAGUCUACUUAUCUACUUUAAAAAUCUACAAAUAACUAAAUAUACCUUAUAUGUGUUCCAAAAUCUGCCAACUGUUCAGCUGUAAAUACUAAUGGUUAAGUAUGUUAGACUUGUAGUGCAAAUUAUUUACUAAAUACAUCUUUUAAUGGAGCAGAUUGUAUACAAGUAAAUCAUUGUAUAAACCCAACUGGUUAAGGUGAUGGUACAGGCUGCCUAGAGUGUGAUCAUGGUGGAUAUUAUGUUGAUUCAAGCAGAUUUUUAUGUAAUUAAAUUCAAGAUUGUGUAACUACAGAUGGUAUAAAUCCAUUCUGUUUAAAAUGCAUUUCAUUAAAAUACCCUUCAAUUGGAGGAGUUUGUGUUGAUUUAAACAUGAAUGGUUGCAUUUAAAGUUCUGGAAUAAACUAAACUUGUAGUUAAUGUGGAGAUAAAUAUUAUUUGAAUAGUAAUGGCAUUUGCCAGCUCGGCACAGUUCUUAAUUGCUUAAAAUAUAGUCCACUUAAUAAUCCAACACAAACAAACGUCUGUGCUUAAUGUUAACCUGGUUUUAAGCUUAAUGCUUCAUUUGCAUGUGAUUAAAUUCCCAAUUGUGCUCAAUCAGAUGGAUCAGCUACUGCCGUAUGCACGAAAUGUUAAGAUUACUUUUAUUUCAAGACAUCAACUAGCUAAUGCCUUCCACCUGACAACCCUAUUAAUUAUUGUCGUAUAUACACUAAUGAUACUUAAUAGUGCAGUGAAUGUGAUAUACCAUUUUAUCUUGUAGGUUAAAUAUGCUAUCCAAGAUCUAAUAAGAAUGACUACUGUAAAGCUUAUUCACUAACUGAUACACCUUGUAUCUUAUGCUCAACUUAAGGAAUAGGUGGUGUGAUUGUUUAAGAUGAUCACUCUCUAAAAAAAGGUUUUUGUAACCCUAUUUCAAUUAACAAUUGUAACAUUUAUUAGUAAAAUAGUCCCAAAUGCCAAUUUUGUAAUUAAGUUAAUGAUGGACAGUAAGGAUGGUUAGUUUAAUCGAAGAAUUACUGCAAGGACGUAAGCCAAAUGAAUUGUCUGACUCUUAACCCUUAAGGAACGAAAUGUUCAAGUUGCUAACAAGGAGUGAAUGCUUACUUAAAAAGUUAUGGUUAAUGCUUCCCUCUUUGUCCUAGUAAUUAAUACUUAGUACCUGAUGCCAAUAUUACAAAUCCUCCAACCUGCUAAAACUAUACACCAGCUCGUAUUACUAAUUGUGAUUAACCUGACCCAGUAAAUGAUGCUUGUCUUCUUUGUAGCUUAGGAUAUGUGUUUAACACAACAACUAAGACAUGCUAGCAAAUGCAAGUUUCUAACUGCAUUAAUAAUGGAAGCGAAAGAGGGGAAACAUGCUAUUAAUGUGCACCAAAUUAUUAUUUAGUAAAAAAUGCUUGCAUAUAAUCUUCUCCAAUUUAAAAUUGCUCUACGUAUGUAAUAACAACUGGUUUGUGCGGAUUAUGUGCUAACGGCUACUAUUUAAGCACAGAUUUUAAAUCUUGUAAACAAAUUACUGCCUAGAAUUGUAAGUAUAACUAAAUCGAUUCAGAUACAUGCUUGCUUUGUAAGGAUAAUACAUAUACAAUAUCUUAAGAUGGUAAAUAAUGUUUCACAGGAAGGAGUACUUCUCAUUGUAUAGUAUCUGCAACUACCUCUAAUACUUCUGAAUGUUCUUUAUGUGAAUCUGGGUAUAUUACAGAAACUGGUAAGUAAAAUUGUAUAUUAGAUAUCUUCAACCUACCUGGAUGCUCUGCUGUCUAAAAAUUGGCUAGUAAUUCAUACUAUACUUGCAGUGCAUGUUAACCUAAUUAUAACCUUAGAAAUAAUAUUUGCAUACCUUCUUAAGGUUUAAGUACUUGCUAUGUAGCAAAUUGCUAGUUUUAUUCUUCUUACUUAUAUGACUCUGCUACAUGUUAGUCUUGCAUCAGCAUAUAAGAUGGUAAAGGGCAAUAUUAACUACAAAAUAAUUCAUGUGUUUUUGUUCAAACUGGUACUAGAUUAGCAUUUAUUAUGAUUCUAUUAAUAGGAUUAACAUUUUUAUUACUAUGA